AUGGAGAGGGGCACUUUCAUCCUGGUCCUCACUCUGGCCGUGGCAGCACACGUUGCCCCUGCGGAGAGGAAGUGCCGGCUCAUCGGGCUGUGGAGGAACGAGCAGGACUCACUGAUGGAGAUUUCAGCACUGAGGGACAACGGGGACUUCCAGGGAAAAUACCUCACACGGGUCACUCUCUCUGGUGGCUGUGCCCACAUCUCUCCCCUGAAGGGCAUCCAGCAGCAGCCUGGUGAGGGGGGCUGGCCCACCUUUGCCUUCACUGUGCGCUGGGACAAGUUCUCUAAUGCCACCACUGCCUUUGCGGGGCAGUGCUUCGUGGAUUCGGGUGGAAAGGAAACACUGACCACCAUGUGGCUGCUGCGCGAAGCUGUCGGGUCCCUCAAGGAGGACUGGAAAGCCACGAGGGUGGGCAGAAAUGUUUUCAUACGAAAACGCACCACAAAAGGAAAGAUCCUGCCAAGCUUGUCCCCAUCCUGUGAGGAUGUGUCUUCACCAACCCCAUGA